UUCUCCCACCCAGCCGUCGCUCUCGCUCCCAUCCCGCCGUAUCCUCUCCCUCACUACCCGCCUUCACCUCUCCUAUUCACCUCACAGUCACUCAGUCCCACCCCGCGAUCUCCUCUUCCUUACUUCCCCGUCGUCGCCUCUCCCUCCUCCCCAUCGUCGCCUCUCCCUCCUCCCCGUCGUCGCCUCUCCCUCCUCCCCGUCGUCGCAUCUCCCUCCUCCCCGCCGUCGCCUCUCCCUCCUCCCCGCCGUCGCCUCUCCCUCCUCCCCGCCGUUGCCUCUCCCUCCUCCCCGCCGUCGCCUCUCCCUCCUCCCCGCCGUCGCAUCUCCCUCCUCCCCGCCGUCGCCUCUCCAUCCUCCCCGCCGUCGCCUCUCCAUCCUCCCCGCCGUCGCCUCUCCCUCCUCCCCGCCGUCGCCUCUCCCUCCUCCCCGCCGUCGCCUCUCCCUCCUCCCCGCCGUCGCCUCUCCCUCCUCCCCGCCGUCGCCUCUCCCUCCUCCCCGCCGUCGCCUCUCCCUCCUCCCCGCCGUCGCCUCUCCCUCCUCCCCGCCGUCGCCUCUCCCUCCUCCCCGCCGUCGCCGCUCCCUCCUCCCCGCCGUCGCCUCUCCCUCCUCCCCGCCGUCCCCUCUCCCUCCUCCCCGCCGCCGCCUCUCCCUCCUCCCCGCCGCCGCCUCUCCCUCCUCCCCGCCGCCGCCUCUCCCUCCUCCCCGCCGUCGCCUCUCCCUCCUCCCCGCCGUCGCCGCUCCAUCCUCCCCGCCGUCGCCGCUCCAUCCUCCCCGCCGUCGCCGCUCCUUCCUCCCCGCCGUCGCCUCUCCCUCCUCCCCGCCGUCCCCUCUCCCUCCACGCGGUUGCCUCUCCCUCCUCCCCGCCGUCGCCGCUCCCUCCUCCCCGCCGUCGCCUCUCCCUCCUCCCCGCCGUCGCCUCUUCCUCCUCCCCGCCGUCGCUUCCGGCGACAGAGCGCGUGAGAGAGCGCGUGACAGUGCGUGUAAGAGCCCGUGAGAGCGAGCGCGCCUGA